UGACCACGUGGUGCCUGAGAAGCGAGGAAACGCUCACAUCACGUUUGUUUUUAUUAUUACACACAAGAGACACUUCUUAUAUAGUAAAGAAACAGUAAACUAUGGAUAAUCUUCAGCUGCAGAAUCCAGAAGCAAAUAACGAUGACAUUUCGGAGGAUGAAGAAAGUCAGACGACAAUGAAAAGGACGAGUUUGUUGCACGUCUCUCCCUCUAAAAGGCAUUGUAAAGAAACCGGUUUUCAUAAAAGCACAAGAUUGUGUCUUGAUGCCAUUAGAGACGCCGUUCUUCAUCAUCGCUGGGAGGAAGCUGCACAAUAUCUGCAAGUUUACACUGAAACACUGGAAGACACCACGGCUAGCAAGCAGUCGGUCGCCUGUGAGAUUAUUUGGAGACUUGGCACUGAAGUCCUCAAGCAUCAUCCACACAAAGAUGUAGAACAGUUUACUGCUUUCUACGAGCGCAUGAAAAACACCGGAGUGAAAAAUUAUGCAAAGGUCUGUCUGGAGCACGCUUUCCACCUCCUGUUGCAUGGCCACAUUCAGAAAGCCAAGCAGCAGCUUUCGGUCGCCAUGAGCUGGAGGUACGGCAAGCAGUCUGCCAAACAGUCUCUGGAGUUAAAACUCAUCCACGCCUACUGCGGCUUUAUGGAUUAUUUAAUCUGGUCUUCGAAAAGGUCGUCUGUUUCUGAUGCAGAUGAUUGUGUAAAUAGUCAUGAGUUGCACAACUACUUCAGACAAGCCUCUGUGACCCUGCAGGAACUCAUCAAACAUCCAGGAGUGUGGGACCCUUUCGUAUGGGGUUGUAUUGAUAUGUUUGAAUUCUACAACGCUGAAGAAGAAGUUCUGCAAAUACUGCAAAACUAUGCCAAUAACAAGGAUUAUCCAUCAAACCCCAACGCACACGUUUACUUAUACAAGCAUCAGAAAAGACAUAAAGCUUCAAUAGACGAACUUCUUAGCACCCUGAAGGGUCUGCACUCACUGGUUCCCAGUCAUGAACUGAUGCUGGAUUAUUGCACUCUGUUGAUUCAAUCAGAAGUACCGAAAAAUCUACAGUACGCUCUUAGUGUUGCUCUGAAUCUUCUAGAAUACUCCAGCUGGAAGACUGACAUGGACGCGUGGACGUGUCUGCUGGAGGUUCUCGAAUGCCUCAAACAUAAGGGUUACAAGACUCUUAUAAUAGAAGAGAUGGAAGGAAGAAAAGAGCUCUGGAUGAAAAUGCAUUUUAAAGCCUUCCACAACAGGAAGGAUUCUAAAGAGGACGCAGCACUUGUGCAAGUCAAAGUCAAAGCAGGAAAACUCUUGGGCAUAUACAGCAGACAUUACAAGUACGUGUACAAGCUAAAAGAGAAGAACCUUGUUCAGAAGACAAGAAAAGGAGAGAAGGAAAAAUCAAGAAAAAAAACAUGAUUUGAAAGAACAGAGUCGACUAAAGAGUCGAGUUUACUCCAUCUGAAACGUCUGCAGGAGGUUCUGUGAUGCUUUGUGAAGUUUUGGCUUCCCGUAAAUGAAGAAGCAACGAUUUGCUCUUUGGGGUCAUGUAAAUUGGGGUCAUGGGGUCUUUUGUAUGUAAAUGAAAU